GAGGUUAUUUAAAAACAUGUUUAUUUCAACCAAUUCAUUAAAUGGAUAUAUCUCUCGAAGUUACACAAAGAAACCAUUUCGAGGCACAAAAAAUUGCCAAAAAGAAAAAACUUACGAAUGACAUCGAUGACAAUGGAAGUGAAAUCAAAAAAUCAAAAUUACAGAUUGAGCAGAGCGCCCCUGAAAAAAACGCAGUAACAGCUGGAAGUGGUUGCAGUAAAACGUUGACAAACGUGCGUGAUUGCGAAGCGGGAACAAAAGUAAAACCAACCAAACCAUUCGCUCAUCAAAGUCCUAAGAAACGGUUGCAAUUAAACACUGUUUCCCCGAGCGGUUCUCCACAAAAGCAAGCAAAAGAGAAAUUUAUUUACGGCAACUAUAAUCAGUAUUAUGGGUAUCGAAAUAAGGGCCGCGAAUGUCGUGAUAUACGUCUGGAAAUGUUCAUGUCACGGUCAGAGCUUUUCCAAGACAAAAGAGUAAUUGAUAUUGGUUGUAAUAGCGGACUUAUAACUAUGGAAGUGGCAAAGCGACUUGCGGUUAAAAGCAUUGUUGGCUUAGACAUAGAUCGCGCGCUUAUCAGUCAGGCGAACAAGACGUUAGUACGGCAAAAGAAAGCGCUACCUUUAGAAAAUGAGGCACGUCGUCUACAUAAGUUUCCCUACAAUGUAAGCUUUGUGCAUGGCAACUAUGUGUUGCGAGAUGAUGUUUUGCUUGAGAUUGAACAUGAACAAUUUGACGUGAUACUCUGCCUGUCGAUAACAAAGUGGAUACAUUUGAAUUUUGGAGAUGCAGGCUUGAAACAAGCAUUUCGGCGCAUGUACUUGCAACUUCGAAGUGGCGGCAAACUUGUACUAGAAGCGCAACCUUACGAUAACUAUGGGCGUCGGAAGAAAAUGAAUGAUACCAUAAAUGCUCAUUAUAAGGCAAUGACGUUCUUUCCCAAACAUUUCACUGAUUAUCUACUUUCUGCAGAAGUGGGUUUUGAAGGCGUCGAAUUGAUGGGUGUACCUGAAAACUGUGAGGAGGGCUUUAAACGGCCAAUACAGUUAUUUCAUAAAAAAUAACGGUCAUCUCACCAGUUACUGUGAUAAUGUUACUAUAACUAUAAUAUUUGAGUUUAAUAGGCAUGAAUGAUAAAUAUUAUAUUUGCUUACAAAAAAUUAUAAGCAGUACAAAUAUUUCGAUAGAUAAAAAAAGUUGAUUUGAAAUCCAAUUUCCACAGACUAACGACUAAUUUGUAGUAGAUAAAUCUUCAUAAAAUAUAUUGUUUUCAGUAA